CCUUCAAUAUUCUCUUUUUUUUUAUUAUUAUUUUCUUUUUUUUCUAAAAUCAGUCAUGUAUAGAUAUUUGAGUCUGUUAUCCUUAAUCUGGUUACAAACAGCAUCUGUCACAGCAUUAAAUCCAAUUGUUAUCAAGGGUCAAAAGUUUUUUGAUUCUAUUACAAAAGAACAAUUCUUUAUUAAAGGUGUUGCAUACCAACCAAGAGGUGAUGGUCAAGUCAUCAACGAUCCACUUGCUGAUGAGGCAGGAUGUGCCAGAGAUGCGCCUCUUAUGAAAGAACUUGGAGCAAAUGUGGUGCGUGUAUAUGAAGUAGAUCCAACCAAAGACCAUGAUGCAUGUAUGAAAUCAUUUGCCGAUAAUGGAUUGUAUCUUGUGCUUGAUAUCGCGACCCCUAAAUAUUCUAUCAACCGUAAACGUCCAGAAUAUGAUGUGACCCUAUAUAAUGCCUAUCGAGCCACAGUGUCCAGUUUUGCCAAAUAUCCUCAUUUACUUGCCUUUGUUGCAGGAAACGAAGUGACUAAUGAUCGUACGAAUACACCUGCUUCUGCCUAUGUACGAGCUGUGAUUCGUGAUAUGAAGAAUUUUUUGCGUCAUGGUGGUAGUCGAGCCAUUCCAGUGGGUUAUGCCAGUAACGAUGAUGAACAUAUUCGCGACAGUAUCAAAGAUUAUUUUGUAUGUGGUGAUGAUGAAGAAAGUCAUGCUGACUUUUUUGGUAUCAACUUGUAUGAAUGGUGUGGUGGUUCUAGUUUUGAAAAAUCAGGAUAUGCUGAGCGUACAAAAGAAUUUGAAUCCUAUGGAAAACCUGUGUUCUUAUCCGAGUAUGGUUGUAACUUGGUACGUCCUCGUACUUUUGGUGAAGUAUCGGCUGUCUAUGGACCACAAAUGACACCUGUCUUUUCUGGUGGAAUUGUCUACGAAUGGACUCAAGAAAAUAAUGAAUAUGGAUUAGUCAAAAUAGCCAAUUCCCAAGUAGAAACUUUAACUGAUUAUCAUAACUUACAAAAAGUAUUGAAAGCAACAAAUCCAAAAGGAAUCAAAAUGGAUGACUAUCAACAACAGCAACAACAAGAAACAGUGCCUUGUCCAGGAAGAACAGAAGAUUGGAAAGCAUCAACAGAAUUACCACCAACACCUUCUGAAGGUGCUUGUUCUUGUAUGAAAGAUAAUUUGAGUUGUAUUGCGUCAGAUGCAGUACACCAAUCCAAUAAGAAUUCGACUUUGGGAACACAAUUAGAUACAAUGUGUGGUAUGGUGAAUUGUGGAGAUAUCAGUGGAGAAGGAGAAAGUGGAAAAUAUGGUGCUUUCUCUUUUUGUAAUCCUGAAGAUAAACUCAGCUACUUGUACAACUUGUACGUCACACAAUCCAAAAAUGAAAAAUCAUUUACAUCUGCCACUUGUGAUUUUAAUGGUUAUGCUCAAUCUGUCACUCCUAAACGUAAUGAUCUUAAUGAUUGUACUUCUAUCAAACCUAACCUUGAUGGACUUCCUAAAGCUACUUUUAACCUAGCUAAUUCUCCAAUCAGUGCUUCUACUUUAUUAUUAAUUUUCACAUUUAUUCUUCAUUUAGCUUGGGCUUGA